AUGAGUGCGAAUUCAUUGAAUUCUGUUAUGUUAAAAAAGUGUAUCUUUUUAUUUAUAUUUAUGCUAAGUCAAGUUAACAGUGAACAAGAUCAUGUGCAUACUAUACAGUAUACUAAGGAUAAUUUUUCAACAGAAAUUCAGAAGAAAAAUCAUUUUAUCAUGUGUGGUCAUUGUCAGAGAUUGGAACCUACUUGGGAGCAAUUAGCUGAAAUGUCGAACGUGGAGGAUAACAAUAUAAAAAUUGCUAAAGUAGAUUGUACUACAGAUAGUAGUUUAUGCACAGAGCAUGAUGUUACCGGUUAUCCUACAUUAAAGUUUUUUAAAGCUGGAGAAAUCAAAGGCACUAAAUUCAGAGGAACAAGAGAUUUACCAUCUUUAAUGUCAUUUCUUAGUAAUCAAUUGGGUACUUCCUUAGAGAGUGAAAAUGAGGCACCAUCACCUCCUGAAGCAGUAAAUGGUUUAUUAGAAUUAACAGAGGACACUUUUGAUAAGCAUGUAUCUACUGGCUAUCAUUUUGUAAAAUUUUAUGCACCAUGGUGUGGUCACUGCCAAAAAUUAGCUCCUAUUUGGGAAGAAUUAGCUAAUAGUUUACGUAAUGACAAUUAUGUGAGUAUUUCUAAAGUAGAUUGUACACUGCAUCGUAGUGUUUGUGGACAAUUUGAUGUAAAAGGAUAUCCAACAUUACUUUGGAUUGAAGAUGGAAAGAAGGUGGAUAAAUAUGUUGGCCAACGUACUCAUGAAGAUCUUAAAGCUUAUGUAUCAAAAAUGCUUGAGAAAGAAAAUGACCAAGUUAACGUUAAGACUGAUAAUUUAGAUAAUACAGCUCAUGCUAUACUUAGUUUAACUGGUGAAAGCUUCAAACAUGGUAUUGAAAAAGGGAUUUCGUUUGUUAAGUUUUUCGCACCUUGGUGUGGGCAUUGUAAACGUUUAGCGCCUAUUUGGAAAGAUCUCGGGAAAAAAUUCUUAACAAACGAUAAUGUGAAUAUAGUAAAAGUAGACUGUACUCUUGGUGUAAGUAAAGAAUUGUGCAAUGAACAAGAAGUAGAUGGUUUUCCAACUCUAUAUUUAUACCGUGACGGACUUAAAGUUUCUGAAUACAAUGGUGCUCGAAAUUUAGAUGAUCUUUAUGAAUUUAUAAUGAAUUAUAUACAACAUAAUGAUCAGCAUGACGAAUUGUGAUUAUAUAUUUCUUUUGUAACUAAUUUAAUUAGUUAAAGCAAUAUCAUUAACUUAAACUGAUUUUAUAUAUAAAUAUAUAAUAUUUAAUUUAAUUUAACAUAAAUGUACGAUUUAACAUAUAUUUAUUGUAAGCAUAAAAACCCCUUAGAGGUAUUUGGUAUUCAAACCAUAAAUUUUUCAUUUUUAUAUAAAAUAUUAAAACAAAAAUGUUACAAAAUUAUUAUAUUUUUGCGUGAACUAAUCGUGUACUUCCAAAAUAUAUUUAUGAAGUUACUCAUGUAUGAAAUUACUCAUGUGCUUUUAUCAAGCCCUUUAAAAUCUUUAAAAUAUAAAGUUUAUGAUUAAAUAGUUGUAGGGUAAAAUGAGCGCAACAAUUGUCCACGUUGUUUAUCUAUGUACAGUGUUUUACGUUUUACGACUAUUUCAUGUUCAAGAUCGCUUCUUGCUUUCACCAAACCUGCUUGAGUUUCUUCAGCUCGUUUUAAUUCUGCUAACAUAGCCGAUGUGCGUUCAUUAAGUAAUUUUAUUUCUUCCACUAGGCUAAAUAAUACAUUAAGAAAGUUAUAAGUCAAUUAUCUAAUGAUUAUCUAACUGUAUCUGUUAUUUUUUUAAAUAUCUAAUCGUACAACUAGAUAGUAGUUCAUUGAUAAAAUACUUACGCAAAUUGGGAAGUGUCACGACAACUUUCUACAUUACGGCGUUGCAACCUGUUUGCUAAUCGUGUUUGUGCUACUUUCAUUACGCAAUCUAGUCCUCUUGUUGAAUGACGGAGCUCUUCUAUUGAUUUUUCAGUAUUUGCAAGUUCAUGUAAACACUAGAAAAAUAUUCAUAUAACACAUAUAAUGCAAUUGUGUUUAAAGAGUUACUGAGUUUUUUACACGAAGUAAUUACACGAACGUAAUUACACGAACUUACACGAAGUAAUUCUUUUUCCAAUUGUAUACAGACAUCCUCUGUAAGUUUAAUCUUUUGAUUUAAAAUGAGAUCUACGCGAGUCGCUUGAUCUCGAAGAUCUUUAGUAGAAUUUUUAUAUAUAGAAUCUAAAGUGGAUCUUAAAUUUGCAGAUCUUUGUUUUGCUGCUUCUGCAUCAGUUAAACUUUCUCGUGUGUAAUGUUCAUAGCUUGAAGGUGUUGAUUGUCUAAUGAAGAAAAUUAAUAUAAAUUUUAAGAUCUACUUUAAAUGAGUACCAAAUUAAAAAAAUUCAUUUGAUACAUACUCUGCAGGAAAUCUUGUAGCUCCAAGUCUCCAUAAAAUGAUGGGAGAAUCAUUUUUUAAUUUUAUAUUGUGGGAAUCAAUAUCAUAAGCAUCAGUUUUAUCAGUCCAAUCCACUUCCAUUCUUAUUUUUGCAGCUUUUAAUUCAGUUAAUUGCAUUUCUAUCUGUUCCCGAGUUCUACCAAGUAAAUCGCGUAUCUCCGAGCAAAGUGCUACUUCCUGUAAUAAUUGAUAGGUAUUGCUAAUAUAUAUAUUUCACUAUACAUAUUACGUUAUAUUAUUAAUGAUGUUAACUUUGGUAAGUUCUUCUUCUACUUCAUCCCUAAUAAGAUCAGAUUCUAAUCGUUUUGAUCGUAAUUGUAAGAAUUCGCCAGCAAUCGAUUCUGGAACUGUAAGCACCGACAAAGAAUGCUUUAUUCUUCGAUGUUCAGCUUGCAAUAAUUCUAUUUCAUUCGUGAUCUCAAGUAUUAAAUGUUCUAGUUCAAUUUUCCAACGAUAUACUUCGCUUGCACGAUUUUUUAAAUGAUCUGUUGUUUCGAAUUGCAUCUUAUCCGCUUCUCUAUACGAUUUUUCAACACAUCGUUUUGCAUUAUUUACAGCAAGCCUAAAAUAAUAUGUUGUUUUAUUAUUAUUUGAAUUAAAGAAGUAA